AUGGCCAGCAGCAAGGAAGUGAUGCUUCAUCGCUCGGCUUUGAAUGCAGAGGUCAUAAAUGAGCUGUUACCAUCAGCACAGCGGAUUGCUCUACUUUACCAUGUGUCCUAUCUGUGUCUGGCCGGCUUUCCCAAACUGGAGAGGCUGCUCCGGAGCAGGGCCCUGGAGACUCAGCUCCUCUUUGGCUCCUCAGAGGCUCUCCUGAUUAAGUGUAUUGGUACCAGUGACAACUUGGUGAACUCGUUGUUUCCUCUGCUCAAAGCAGCAGUGGAAAAAAACAAGCCCACACUCGCUGUGAAGUACCUGGAGAAGGCAAAAGCUUGGAUUACCAAUAUCAUCAUUGAAGUUGAUCAGAUUGUGGAGAAAUAUAAUUCACUCAACAAAAAUGUUGCCACAACCACCAGUGAUGUUAUCACUGCAAAGGUUGAAACUGACGAACUGAUUGAAAGUGUCGGCAAUGAACUUGAAGCAGCCGAGGCCAUUUUGAAUCAGUACAAGGCUAAGCUGGAAAAGAUUACUGACGAUUUGGUAACUGUUGAGCGAAAAUUAAAUGACAAAAGCCAUGAGCUUGAGAAACUUGUCAAAGAUAUUUCUGGUAAGAACACUGCUGUUGGUAUCGUGACUUCUUUGGUGCCUUUUGUUGGACCCUUAAUCAACGCCAUCUACAAAGCAGCCACUGAACCAGGGGAUAAAGCCAAAAUCAAGGCCUUGGAGACUGAGAUCAAUAGAAUCAUUUCAGAGAAAUCUGAAUUGAGACAGAAGGAGUGGGACCUACAGAAUGAGGUGAUCAGCUUGCAAAUGAAGGUGGCAAAACUGAGAAUAAACUUGGGUUCAAUUCCAUCCCCAGAGCAUCUUGAUGAGGUUCAGCUUUGCCUCUCCAGAAUUCAGCAGAUUCUGGUUCAGCUACAAAAAUUCUGGGAGAAAGUUGGUGCAAUGCUGGAUUACCUGAAGGACAAGACCUUUGUUGGGGAGGAGUUGACUGAAGAACUUUUAGACUUCAAGGAUGAAUUUUUGCAGUCAAUCACCACGGCCGAAGAGGUUUGGACAAAAUUUGGAGCCGUAUGUGAGAGAGCCAGCAGCGUAUUCAGCAACCAGGCCAAAGAUGCCUACAAGUUCCUGGAGGUCAGUCCUACCUCUCUCUCUAAAGAGGAGUGGCAGUGUCAGUAUGAUGCUGUGAAGGAGAAGCUGGAGUUGAUAAAGCCCUGCUCACCUGCCCCUUUGGGGACUGGCACUGAGGAGUCUGUUACUGAGAAGUCUGCUACCUCUGCCAUCACCCAGUAA